AUAUAGACAGAUGGAGGAGAGGUGGGUCGGAGCGUGACUGUCAAAUCUCCGUAUUCUAUCUCUCUCUAUAAUUCGAGAAUUCAGAGAGAAGGGCCUGUCUCUCUUUCUUUCCGAGAUUCAAGUCAAUCGCCGAUCUUUCCCACUGUUUCUCGCCUCAAUCUCUGUCUUCUUUCUUUCUUUCAGUAAUGUUCCCGGAUUUUCAAGGACUGGGUCUUUUGAUUUGACUUAGUUGUUCUAAGCCAAGUACAUAUGGAGGGGGACACAUUUUCUGGGCUUGGCAAUGGCACACAGCUAGAUGGGAAGGUGUUGCAGACAUUUCAAAAGAGCUUUGUUCAGGUUCAGAACAUUUUGGAUCAAAACAGGCUUUUGAUCAAUGAGAUCAACCAGAAUCAUGAAUCCAAAAUUCCAGACAAUCUGAGUAGAAAUGUGGGUUUGAUUAGGGAGCUCAACAACAACAUUAGGAGGGUGGUUGACCUCUAUGCUGAUCUCUCGAGCUCUUUCACCAAGUCCAUGGAUGGCUCGUCGGAAGGCGACUCGAGUGGCCUAAAAUCAGAUGCCAAGGCCGGGAACAAGAGGAACAGGCCCGGGUGAACGAGCCUGGAUCGAUGCUUUCUAAUUCUUUCGAGCCGGAAACAAGAAAUUUGCAAUGAUCUCCAAGUAGUUGAACAUGGUUAACUUGUGUAACUCUGCUGUAUUAUGACCUGUAGUUCUUUACUUACCCCAGAUUUAUCAGGAAAAUAAUUGUUCACAUUGUAGUGCAACUGUGCAUCUAAUUGAAUUAUUCAACCAUCUUUGCGCCACAUAUAUAUUCUUCUUCA